AUCACGUGACGGUCCCGUGGCCACACAGGAAGACAGGAUUUACUGUGAGCUCAUAAUACCAGAAACUAUCUUAAUAUACCUUUACCUCCCUCUUUGUAAGUUGCCUCAUAUCCAGGCAGACAUGGACGGAAAUGUCCGAGCAUCAUUAGACACCUCAGCUGGACCGCCUCCGAUUUUUAGAGGGAAUGAAGGCUCUUUGGUUUCAGCCCUGAAGACACUGCUGUUCUUCACUAUCCUCAUGGUCACGCUGCCUAUUGGAUUGUACUUCACAUCUAAGGCCUACAUCUUUGAGGGUGCGAUGAAGAUGUCGAGCUCCGACAGCUACUUCUACGCGGCCAUCGUGGCCGUGCUCGCCGUGCACGUGGUUUUGGCUCUGUUUGUGUACGUGGCUUGGAACGAAGGCGCACCUAAAAGCAAGGGCAAGCACGAGUAAGGUGUGCCCUCAUCAGCUACUGAGACCAGCGGAGAUGGACAGAAAGACGCAGGCAUGGAUCCACAGAGCCCCCACCCCCCACCCAUCCCUCCUGCAGGCUUCAACACUCAACACCAUCGAGAAACCAGACAGCCCGGGGGGAGGCCGUCUGGUUUGCGCACAAGCUUUAACCCGAGGGCAGAGCAGGAGGUGCUGAAUUUUUCUUGCUGUGUGGAGGAAGAGGAGACUGCUCGGGGCAGUUUCUUGCCAAACCCAGCAG